AGACAGUGUGUGUAUAUUUAGCCGGCCACGUGCACAGACGCACGGCAGAGUCCAGCCACAGACGCCACAAAUGCAGGUGCCGGGCGCCUUGCGGGGCAUGUGGGGCGACCAGGACUGGCUGGGGGUCUCCUGGACGCCGUGGGACCUCGUGCGGACGCCGAGGGGCCUCGUGUUGGUGACGGGAGGCGUCUGCGCGGCGCUCCUCGUCGCCCGGGCCGCCCUGGGCUCGAGUCGCCGCCUCGAGUGGAGCCGCAAAGCCCGCGGCCCCAGACACCGCAGGACCGAGGCCCGGGCAGAGCUGAGACCCGGCCUGGCUGCAGGCGUUGAGGCCAAGGAGGAGAUACUUGGGCUGUCCCUGAAGGAGCUGACCCAAAGGCUGCAGGACAACCAGCUGCUGCCCAGCGAUGUCCUGCGGACAUAUCUGCUCAAGGCGCUGGAGGUGGAUGAGAAGACCAACUGCAUUGUUCAGUUUCUUCCUGAAAGCCUCACACAGGCUCAGGCUCUGGAGAAAGUGAAUGCCUCCAGCCGGGGCCUCUUGCACGGGGUGCCGGUCAGCAUCAAGGAGAACUAUGACAUCCAGGGCUGCUACUCGACCUGCGGUUUGAUUUGCGGGGUGGAGAGCCUUGCCGCGGAGGAUUGUGUCAUCGCAAAGGUUCUAAAGCACCAGGGUGCCGUGGUAUUUGCAAAGACAAAUGUGCCACAGUCCUUGUUAAGCUUUGAAUGCAGUAACCCCAUCUUCGGGCAGACGAGCCACCCGAUGGACGCGGCACGCUCCCCGGGGGGGUCGUCUGGGGGAGAGGGGGCACUCAUCGGGGGUGGGGGCUCCAUCCUGGGCAUCGGCUCCGACAUCGGAGGCAGCAUCCGCAUCCCGGCGUCAUUCUGUGGGAUCUGUGGCUUCAAGCCCACGGGGGGGCGGCUUAGUAACAAAGGCGGACAGUCUAGCAUCCCUGGACAAAAAGGGGUGAUACCUUCGGCAGGUCCAAUAGCCCGCGACGUGGACGGUCUCGCCCUGUGCAUGGAGGCACUCUUGUGUCCCAAGUUGUUCACCCUGGACCCAACCGUUCCCCCGCUUCCCUUUGACAGGAAGAUUUAUGAGAACAAGAGCCCAAUGGUGGUUGGCUACUAUGAGGGCGAUGGGUUCAUUCAGCCAAAUCCCAGCAUGAGGCGCUCUGUGCGGGAAGCCCGGGCGCUGCUGGAGAACAACGGCCACAAGUUGAUCCCGUUUGAGCCGCCACGCCUGGAAUACUGCCUCACCGAGUUGGUCAUGAAGGCGCUCUUCGCCGACGGUGCCGAGACGCUGCUGGGGAAGUUUGCUGGGGAUGUGGUUGACCCUAACCUGCACUACCAAAUCAGCAUGUACCGGAUACCAAAGCUUCUAUCCUGGCUGCUCAGCGUGCUCACAAAACCCUUUGCCCCAAGACAGUCCAAGGCACUUCGCAUGCAGGGUGGAGUAAAAAAUGUUGCAGCACUGUGGAAACUCCAUACAGCAAUUGAGGCGUACCGCACCGAGUUUAUUUCGGCGUGGAGGGUGGCGGGGAUAGAAGUGCUCCUGUGCCCGGCGCUGGGCCCCGCUCUAAAGAUCGGCCACAGUGGAAAGCUCGGUGCGCUCACAGUCUUCCACAUAUUGUACAACCUGCUGAAUUUCCCGGCUGGUGUGGUUCCGAUGGGGACGGUCACUGUGCAGGAUGAGCAAGAACUCAGCGAGUACCGAGGCCACUACGGGGAUAUCUGGGAAAAGGCCUUUCCCAAGGCGGUGGCUGGAGGGGUGGGCCUCCCGCUCUCGGUGCAGUGCGUGGCCCUGCCCUGGCAGGAGGAGCAGUGUCUGCGUCUGAUGCGGGAGGUGGAGAACGCCGCACGCUCGUAGAGGAAGCGCACGCAGGGCCGUGAUGCAACGUUUACAGGCUACGUUAGGUACGGCAUUGGCAUAGUGACAACGUUCUAUCUCAGCCAAGGAAAAUAUCCAUUGUUUGUCCUGCCAUGACUUUGAACUCGUGGAGCAAUAACAUCAGCUCGUGUGCAGGUGCUAUGUUCAUUAGUACAUUGAGGUACCAUGAGCGAUGGCAGCAGCUUGGGGAAGCCUUCAUCCACCAGUGGAUUAACCAUGGCUGAUGAUGAGCCGUGUAAUCUGACGUAUGGUCUGCUUGGAAGGUGCCAACGCAGUUACCCAGUAGGGGCAGCACUAACCAGAUUUGUCCAGAUUUUGGCAACUAAUUUUUUUUGCGACAAAUUGUGUGCCAACUCCUGCCAGUAAUGAUGGUUGAUGAUGGUUUCCCAAUAAUUGCUGUACUUUUACCUCUUACAUGCAGUACAAUUAAUCUAAAAAUAAACAUUCUUUAAUGUUGUAUUGAAUGACCGUGGUUGCUAUGAAUGCCUGUAAAUGAUAAGUGUGGAGGCGAGGGUUGGUGGAUUACGCAAAUGGUGUGAAACUCCUUUUCCGUGGGCGUCAAGGUGCCAUGCCCUGGUUCGCCAGGAGAAGGCAGCUCAGUGAGUGGACUAAUCGCCAUCUGUUUCCAUCCGUAAGGAGACGGUGUUGGCCCCUCGCGCACGUGGGGUUUCUCCGGGUGCUCCGGUUUCUUCCGACUUGUAUAAAACAUUCAUUAGGUGGCUGAAAACAUCUUUAAAUAAAGAUUAAAUUGCAGGACCCUCCUGAAAAAGAGCCAUAUGGCCCAGUUUGGCUUUCCUGGAUAAAUAAGUAAAUUAUUAUUCAGUGAUGCAGCGAUAAGAGUAGUGCAUAAUACGAAAGUAAGAAUUUUUAAUCAGCGUCCCAAGUGAUGUGUUAUUUGUAUUCAUAUCUUGAAAUUAGGGCAUAAAUAUUUGAAAUGGUCAAAUAUUUUUAUUCAUUUAUAGUGCAAUCCUGUUUCUUAUGAUGUCAGUCAAUACCGUUUUGACCUAUUCUCAAAAAAUAAAUAUCGGAUUUUAUCCCAUCA